CAAGUAUUCCUGGGCGGGCAACCACAUCGCCUCCCUCGCAUCUCUUUUGAGUCAGCUCAGAAGUCUCCGUCUCCUCCCCCUUUCUCCCACUUUCUCCCCCUCCCCCUUUCCCCAGCAACUAUUCCUAGCGGGCAACCACAUCUCCUCCCUCACAUCUCUUUUGAGUUGACUGAAAAGUUGCUCCUUUCCCCCCAUCUCCCCCUCCCUUCUCCCCACCACAGCAACUGUUCCUGGCGGGUAACCACAUCUCCUCCCUCGCAUCACUGCCUCGACUCCCUCCCUCGAGGCAUGGGUCCUGCUAUUUUCCCAUGCCCACGCCACACCCACACUACACGCACGCCACACCCACGCCACACCCACGCCAUGCCCAUACUACUCCCACGCUACUCCCACGCUACUCCCACGCUACUCCCACGCUACUCCCACGCCAUGCCCAUGCCAUGCCUGCUCUUUCCCAUGCCAUGCCCACGUUCUCCUUACCUUCGUGCCUCCUGCUUCACACUCGUUCCAUCCAAUGCAACCGUUGCCAUGCACACUGUUUCUCUCUCCCCUCCCCAUCCCCCUCUCUCCUACCCUCAGCUGCUUCUCUCUCCUCCCACCCCAACCCAACCCCUCUUCACCUCUGUUCCCUCUCUUUCCUUACUCCACCCCAUGCUUUCCCCCGUCCGUUCUCCCACCCACCCUGUCACCCAUCCACCCUCCCGUCACCCACCACCCCUCUACCCACUACACCCCUCAUUCCUCUCCUGCCACCAAUCUUCCUGUCUCUCUGUUUUCCAAUCUGCCCCUCUCUCUGUUUUCCAAUCUGCCCCUCUCUCUGUUUUCCAAUCUGCCCCUCUCUCUGUUUUCCAAUCCGCCCCUCUCUCUGCUUUCCAAUUUGCCCCUCUCUCUGUUUUCCAAUCCGCCCCUCUCUCUGCUUUCCAAUCCGCCCCUCUCUCUGUUUUCUAA